AUGAUUCGCGGGAGUCCUACAGUCAGAGACCGGCAAGGUCUAGAGUCCAACCCCGUGCAAUGCAGGAAUCAGCUGGACAACAUGCUGGCUGCAAAUAUAUCCGGGAUCGAACCCGCAGCCUUCCAAGUGCGAGUUUCAGGCGCUCUGCCUCCAGGCCACGGCCCCCCACGGAAGGGGGCGCCAUAAUCUGAACGAAGAGCUACUGGCGCGCGUGCGCACUACCUCUGAGAAGCGGCUAUCAACGCUGCUGCGCCACGAGCCGUUCAUAUUUCCCGGAACGGACUCAUCCUGACGCCCAUUGGCUGUUGAUUAUGGAGUCCCGCCCGUCCACUCCUUGGCCCCGCCCCUCUCCCUCCUCGGCCUGCUUCUUAUCGGUUGCUAUGGUGAUUUUGCAAAAAGAGGCACCUGCCCCGCACUCUCAGCCUCUAUGGUUGACUCCUCGGUGGGGAUCUCUCCCUCCUUUUUCUUUUUAGUGCCACCUACAUUUUCCUUUCCCCUCACUUUUUCCUGUGGAAACAGAGAAUCAUUACACAAGAAAACCCCCAGGCGGAGUUAAUAAAUAGCGAACAUUUUACACAUUUUAGUCCAAACUUCCGGUCGGAAGCGUCCCGUCUAUGGCCGCAGACGGUGUCACUCUAGCUGCCGUCUCUAUGGCGGGAGAGGCAUGGAGAUGGCAAGGGCCGGAGUGUCUCGGAGAGCGAGCCAUAGAGAAACGGAACAGAGCGUCGUCUCCGGAGUCGAGUGACGCGCCUCUCGAGUCGUUCCGUUUGCAGGGACGGGGGGAGCUUCUCCGUGGAAUAAGCUCCACUUAGCCUAACGGGCCUCCCAUCCUCCCUUUCCCCCCCUAUUAUCUUGUUAUUCAUUUAAUAAUUUAAAUAAUCGUCUCUCCCCCCCCAACCCGGAAGUGGUUGCUCGCCUCCCGAGUCCCCGUUGGUGACGCUACUUCCGGUGCUCUGUCAAACAGGUCCCCCGCACCGCCUGUGUCCUCCGCUUCCGGUCCGGCCGAGGGAGGGAGGGACCACGGGACGGGGCGGGGGUGUUUGGGGGCGCGGCUGAGGCGGCGGCUGCUGCUGCUGCGCGCGAGACCCCGCCGGAGCGGGCGGUUGCCUGCCUGCCUCCUGGGCUGCCUGGCUGUUGAGGUCGCCGCGCUGAGGUAAAGAGGCGGCCUGUCGGCGGGGGUGGGAGUGAGGGGAGUCGCGGGGCUGCGGGAGUUGGCGCGGCGGGCGGCGGCCGCUCGUGAGGCGCGGAGUUACCUGCGGGAAGCGUCUUGGCGCUGCCUCCGCCCGGCGAGAAGGGGCUUCCUCGCGAGUAAGCCGGCGGCGCUUCCUCCCUCAGGUUCGGGCUGCAGAGCAGCUGCUGGUGGCUCCGGGCGCGCGUCGACCUGGCGGUCUCGGCGGGGCUUCUCUCAGGACCGUGGCGGGGCCCUUGGGCGCCCCCGGGGAACGGGGCUCGCCCGCAGGAGCUGCACUCUCCGCCACGCGUUAUCUUCCGACCCUGACUGAGAGGAAUCCUAUCCUGCUGCGCGGUCUUACUCUCGAGGAAGGGCCGUGGGGCGCCUUUGGGUUGCUCCACCUCCCAUACUAUCGGGAGCCGCUUUUGAGGAGGGAUAAGAAAGUUCUCUAUAUGUGUGAAAAACAGCUAAGUUAAAAGAGAUCCUGCACAGUAAGCCCCUAUUUAUUACAGUGGGACUUAUUUUCUCUGAGAGGGUUUGUUUGUGUCUGUUUGUGUGGAAAGCAUAGAAUUUCGUAGUGAACUUCAGAGGGUGUAAUGCCUUUUCUGGGAAGGGAAGUAUACAAACUUUCACCAUUGCCACAGUUUUAAGUUGAAGAAUUCUGGAUGCUUAGUUGUGUUUUCUGCUUCAGUUGAAAUGCACCAUGUCCUGAAUCUGCUGCCGCCAAUUCAGUUCCACUUGGGAUCUAGUGUCAAGGGGGUAGGAGAACUGUUUUUAGUUGUGGCUGUAAUUUUAUAGACCUAUAACAUUAUAAAUCUUCUGUGAUUAGAAGCUAGGUUAGGUGCAGCACAGAGAAGUCUAUGGAGAAGUGACUGUUGAACGCUCUGGUUGUGCCAAUACAAACCAUUAAUUCAUCAGAUGGGGGUAAAGCUGACUAUAGGAGAGAAGGUAGGGAAAAGGUUAAUAAUAACAGGGCUUUUUCUACCAGAAUACCUAAAAUCAGAGCAGCCCAGUUAUGUGUACAUCCAAUCCCAUUGUAGCUCAAUUUCCAGCAAGCAGCAGUGACUCUUACCCCCCCCCCAUAUAUUUUUCAGGUGUGGUUUUACCCAGUGCUCCCCCCACCCCCACAAAAUAGGGGCUGGUACUCACCAAGAAGUUGUUGCAGUAAGUGCAACAAUUUUUAACAAAAGAGAAAGAAAGUGGGUGUGCACGCACGCACUGGUACUGCACACGUGUUACAUGAAGAAGGGGAUGUGGGUGAUGGAAACAAGUACACACAUAUAUGAUAAAGGACCCCUGAGCAUUAGGUCCAGUCGUGGCCGACUCUGGGGUUGUGGUGCUCAUCUCACUUUAUUGGCCGAGGGAGCUGGCGUACAGCUUCCGGGUCAUGUGGCUAGCAUGACUAAGCUGCUUCUGGCGAACCAGAGCAGCGCACGGAAACGCCGUUUACCUUCCCGCCGGAGCGGUACCUAUUUAUCUACUUGCACUGGUGUGUUUUCGAACUGCUAGGUUGGUAGGAACAGGGACCAAGCAACGGGAGCUCACCCCGUCGUGGGGAUUCGAACCGCCGACCUUCUGAUCGGCAAGCCCUAGGCUCUGUGGUUUAGCCCACAGCGCCAAACGCGUCCCCACAUAUAUGAUACUAGAGUAUUAAGUGGAAUGGGCAGUGAUGUUGGGUGUGUUUUUCUCAUAACAUUGUGCAGAGGUUUUUUUUUAAGUAUAUUGGGGAGUGUAUCUUGAUCUUUAGGGUCUUUCAUGGUAUGCCCUGAAGAAGUGGCGGUAUGGCGUCAGCAGGCUUUUCUUUCUCCUUUAAGGCUGCAGUCUGAAGUACAUAUAUCAGGAUGCAGGACUUGGUGGGACUUACUCUGCACAUAAGCAUGGUUAAAGUCAGUGCACAGAUACUGUUCAAAGAUUGAAACGCAGAUGCAACUGGAUGUCCACAAAUGAACACUACAAAUCCAACCUGUAUUUGCUGGGGACAGGGAUAUUUCAAUGAAACAAAGGGUAUGGCCAGCACAUGCAAUCUGAAAUUGAUUGUGCACAUUGAAAAUUGGGGGAAGCACUCUUGGGACUGAACUGCUAUGAUAGGGAUUUGAUGGUUGCCUGAAUACUUAAGGUGUGGCUGCCCUUGCUCAGGUCCCUUUCUUUAGCACUGGAGGCUGGUAGGGUUUUGCAUUCAUGUCUAAUUGUAGCCUUCGGCAAGGAUGCAUCCGUCUUGCUGGAACCUGCCAAGUAGAGUUGUUCUGGACCUGGGUGAGACCUGCAGGAACCAGAGAGAGAGCACAGCAAAUGUUCCCACACCUGAAGUGUUUACUGGACACAGCAAGAGAAUGCCAGGUCAUGAAUUAUAGUAUUGGACCUGUAGCACAUGUUCCCUGUUUGUUCUUUUGUGGAUCUUCACCUGUGGCACUGUAGACAACUUACAGUAAUGUCCUUAAAUCAUGUUCCAAGAAAAGUAUUUUAUAGAUGUCACAGCUCUUUUAUCCAAAAUCCAUAGUUGUCCUUGCAGUUUAUAAACAGUAUGUAAACAGUAUGUCAAGUACUAGUUCAGGCAUUACAAGAUUGCUUGUGGCAUUCUAAUCUAACUGAAAGCAUGGCGUUGGGAUUGAUGGGAUGAUUGCACUAUGAGCUCUUGAGCAUUUCUCCCUGACUUAUAGCUAAGGGAUUAGUUUGAUUUUGAUGUACUGUAGCUCAGCAGAACAUUUGAGACGCACACUGGAAAUUCUUGGUCUUCUUUUGGUUGUUUGGUGUUCUCCAAAAUGAGAUAUGGGCUUGUUCUACUUGUUCUUGAAACUGCAUACUUAGUCUUAGCAAAAUAACCUCUUUCAUUUAGAGAGAAGUUAUUUUGCUAAAUGUCAGAAUACAAUCUUAAGAGGCAAAGAAAAAGAAGCAAGUUUAUUUUAAAGUUUCAGUAGAUGGACGGGGGGCGGGGAAGGAAAGCAUCAACACUUUGUUCAGUUGCUGUUUGCAUUUUGCUUUCUUGUAUAUUAAAAUUCUGUUUCCUGACUAUCCCUCUUGCCUUGUAAAAAUGAUGUGUACAAAAUUCACACUGGGAGGUGAAUUUUUUCAUGAAGUGCCAUCAUUGCAUAUGGCACUUUUGGCAGGUUGUUCCUCUUAUACUUUCUAAUGUAAAAUUUGAUAUGGGGAAGAAAAUUGAAGUAUUGCAGAAAAUGGGAGCAUAAUACAUUUAGUUCAACUAUGUGUAUUAGGCACAGCUACAGUAGGGGACAAGGAAAGGGGCUUCAUGUCUACCUUAUGUUUACCCUUGUAGAGAAGGGAUCUCACCAGGACCACUAUUACAUUUAAAACCUGCAAUCGCUAGCUUAGUUCUUCGUUAUCAGGAGGUAACUUUCCUUGAGGAGAGUUGAUGACAUAAUUACCAAUUGCAAGUUUUCUUGGUGUAUCUUGUGAACCAUUUGAUAUUUGCAGGUUGCGAUUGUGCUGUGUUUUCCUGCAUCCAAAACUGUGAGGCAGGUCUUACUAUUAUUGGGGCAGUUGCUAAGGGAGAGUGGAACUCUUUCUUGGCACCCUGUUGUUGCUGCCCUGUUGAUUGAUAGUGCUGAGGCUUUUCUCUCGCCUCUUCUCCCCCCCCCAUCCCUUUUCACACACGUUUUGCUUCCCAGGUUGUAUGAAUGAGGGGCCUGUUGCUGCAACAGUUUUGCAACUGGAGACAGAGUCCAAAUGAGUAUAUAAUUGUGUGAAUACAAAAGUAGUGAAAUCCCUAGCAUGUACAGUAGUCACGUAAACAAUAAGCUGCUGAAAAAAAUGAAACUGGCCCUCUUCAGAGUGUGCAGAUUGGGCACACAAACUCUUGUGUCGGAUGCCUUGUCACCUUAAGGAUGUUUCCACAUCUUUGAUCUAAUCAAAACUGAUGCAAAGUUAGUUUCUUGUUUAAAAACAUAAUAAGAGCUCUUCUGGACCAGGCCAGUGGCUCAUGUAGUCCAGCAUCCUGCUCUCACAGUCGCCAACCGAAGUCUGUAGGAAGCCUGCAAGCAGGUCCUGAGCGCAACAGCACUCUCCCCUCCGGUGGUUUCUAGCAAAUGGAAUUCAGAAGGAUUUGUUUUAUGACAUUUUAUCCCAUCCUCCCACCAAGGAGCUCAGGGUGACGCGUGUUCUUCCCACCUUCCCAUUUUAUCCUAAACUGGUGAGAUUGAUUAGGUUGCAAAAUAGUGACUGGUCCAGUGUCACCAAGGGAGCUCUGUGGCUCAGUAAGGGAUUGUACCCAAGCAAGCCUCCUCACUUCUGGGCCCAUACUCCAGACUGCACCACGCUGGCUUUGGCCAGCCUAAUCUGAUGCACUGAAAUAACUGGAGGCUGGAGGAAAGGAACAGAGAGAGUUAAAACAGCCCCUGUUAGCCCCUUGUUGAGUCUAAAAGACUCCUGCUUGGGUUUUGACUGCCAAUGCAUACAGACAAAGCUCCAGUUUUUCUUAUGGUUCUUAAAUACUAUUGACUGAUCAGAUUAGUAAAAUAGCAGGCAAAGGAAAAAGUUUAUUUUGUAUGCAAAUAAGCUUCUGAAUAAAGAGUCAUCUGGGGCACUUGAUUCAGGAUAGGACACUUGAGUACUUAAAUAGGUCUCAGUGCUGCUUUUUACUGCUUGGAUUGGAUUUUGUUUCCUUUUAAUUGUGCAAAUUUUAAGUAUUUUGGGUCUCAUUGUGAAGAGAUGACAAGAGGUAUGGACUUAAUAAAAAUAGGCUAAAACCUAACACUCAAAUAUUUCGUAAAUUUGACAAGAUGGGAGGAUGUUCCUUUUGCACAGAUCAUGAAGCUGGUUCAGGGGCUACACUUCAUUAGGGAGAGGAGUUGUAAAUGAAAAGGUGCCAAAUAUGCAGUGAAAUCUGGGACUGAAUGGCGUGGUUUCUCAUUCAGGGGGCGGGGGAAUAUGAGCUUUGCUUUUUUUCUUCUUGUCCUGGUGGGAGGACUCCUGGUGGGAGGACAGCGGCAAGUAGCUUACACAGGUCAAUAUUUGUUUUUCAGAUUCCACUGCUCUCCAAAGGCUUUGGCUGGAGUCUUCUCCAGCAGAACUCUCACCUUAUCGCAGCCAUGUUAA